CCACUUCCGAAGAAGAAGAAGAAGAAGAAGAAGUUGAGCCUCAGAUAUAAAUAUGGAGCCUGAAAAGAACAAUAAAAGUGAGACAGACGCGAGUGAACUCGAGCAAAGCGUCAGUUUCCAGCAGGUUUCCUCCGUGGCCACCGGCUGGAUGGUGGACUUCAUGUUCCGGAGCCUGUGUCGACACUUUAAAGAGGCUGAGUUCGAGGAAUUCAACGAGACGCUGUCGGUUUUCGAGGCCAUUUCUAAGAGUCCGGCUCUCAAAGAAGACGUCUACAGUGAGAAAAUACUGAUUUCUGCCUUCCUCGCCCGAGUCAUGCAUGGAAAACAGCUGGACGUCCUGUUUGAGGAGGACCAGGGUGUGAUGCCUCUGAUGUCCGCCACCAAAAUAUGGUCAAACCUGGAAGACACUGUGGCAGAUGAAACUGUGUUUAAAAACAUAACCAAUCUUUUGGUUGUCCAGUCUGUGGCUGUUUGUCUGGAGAAAGGCGAAAGAUCUUCGGCCUCCUCAGCUCUGAAGUGGUUUGAGAAUAACGAUGAGCUUCCACAGAAAGUGGGAGUCAAGCUGAAAACAAUCGUGGCACAGACAGAAACUUACCACCCAUUACUCAUGAGCUUCAGCUUUAACCACCUGCUGGAGACAGUCCGGUCUUACCUGGAGGUUUACCUGGAGAAGAAUCCGUCUGACGACCUUCUAAAGGAAGCCACCAAGAGAGUCCUGUCAUCACAGGGUGUCGAGGGUUUAAAGGACAAGGUGAAGCAUGAGAGCUCUCACUCUGAAACAGCCGAUGAAUCAAUGGAGAACGAUUUAAAGACAAAAGAGAGCACCACGUGUUUGGGAACAAAACGGAAACUACUCUCAACUAAGAUCACUGAGGUAUGGAAACCUGAAUCGGGCAAGAAGCCUUGUGUCUCCAUCAGGAGAAUCUCCAAGAGUGAGUUGACUCAGAUAUUAUCUGAGAAGUCGAUGGACAGCACAGACAUCCAGAAGAAAAGAAAAGCACAUCAGAAAUGGACCCUUGAGCUGGACAAAUACCUCAAGGCUGGCGUUAGACUUCACGGCCCCGGGAAGUGGUCUCGCAUAUUAAUGGAUUACGACUUUGAAGGACGCACAGGAACGAUGCUCAAAGACCGGUGGAGAGUUUUAAUGAGGGCAAACGAAGUCUGCUGAAAAAGGAGAGUGAGCCCACACCCCUUUCUUUAACUUAUAUUCAUUGACCUAACUGAUCCACUUCUCUUAAUAACUGAAAAUGUUCCUUUGUGUUAUUGGCUUGUAAUACUUUAUUUGCACUAAGAAGAUAUACCACCAGAGGGCAGUCAACACAGAAAAAUUACUACUUGCAUUGCUUUCUAUGACAGAUGCAGUUAAUUUUCCAUUUUUUCCGUUUAAUUUAGUCAUGUCACCAGACCAUGAGCUGUUGUGUUUUCUAUUUUGAAUAAAUGUAUGAUAGUCACAAAUGUAAAAUAUUUUUUUAAUUUUACAAAUCAAAGUUAAAUAGCUUUGACAGAAGAAGGUUACAAAAACAAAAUAGUAGCUUGUUACAAUAAAAAUGUACAAAAAACAA